AAACAAACCUCAGAUCUCAAUACCUGUGUAAAAGACACACACCUGUUUAAUCUCUUCCACUGUCCUCCCUCAGAGCAAUGGGGCCAUGGCUCCUGAAUGGGAUAAAGGCCUUGACCUUCCUUGUCUUUUGCCUGGUGUCAGACCAGCACCUCACAGCAGCCCAGGAUAAGCUCAGGAGAAGAAUAGGGCAGGCAGAUCAGCCCUCACCUCCCGCUCCAGUUGCUUGUCAGCUUAGUGAAUGGUCAGCGUGGACAGAAUGCUUUCCAUGCCUGGGUACAAAGCAUCGAUACAGAAAACUCCUACAACCGUCCAAGUUUGGGGGAAGCGUAUGUGCUGGAGACCUUUGGGACGAAGCAGCCUGCACCAGCUCUGAAAGCUGUGUGAUGAAAAUCCAAUGUGGCCAUGAUUUCCAGUGUAAGGAAUCAGGUCGUUGCAUCAAGCGGCGCCUUCUAUGUAACGGAGAUCGAGACUGUGAUGAUGGGUCUGAUGAGGAGGGCUGUGAAGAUGCUGGGAUUCUUAAAAAUGAUUGCCUGGAAUUCAACCCCAUCCCUGGAUCAGAAAAGGCAGCCCAGGGGUUUAACAUUCUGACCCAAGAAGAAAAGAUGAAUGUGUAUGACCCUACAUUCUUUGGGGGCUGGUGUGAGCGUGUCUACAAUGGAGACUGGAAGUCUCUCAGAUAUGAUGCCGUCUGUGAGAAUCUCGAUUAUGAUGAGAAGUAUUUCCGUAGACCGUACAACUUUAUCAAGUACCAAUUUGAGACCCAGGCCCAAUAUGAUUUCCACUCACAUUUUUAUAGUCAUGUUGAAGAGCUAACCACAGGCCUACAUAAGGAAAAAUUCAGUUCUUCCAGCAUCUCCAUUGGAAUCCCCAUCUACUCUGUAAUCGUGGGCUUGGGAUUCUCCUGGGCAUCUGGAAAGGGUUCCCUGAAGAAUGUGACUGAGUAUACAGGGAAGGAAUAUGGCUUCAUCCGAGUCUACACAAAAACCCAGACUGCUCACUUCAAGAUGAGGAGAGAUGAAAUCGUCCUGGAUGAGGACAUACUUCAAGCAAUCACUGAGCUCCCUGACCAGUAUGAUUACGGCACAUAUGCCAAGUUUAUCGAUGACUAUGGCACCCACUACAUCACCUCUGGGGCCAUGGGAGGCAUCGCAGAAUAUAUUUUAGUCAUCAACAAGGAAGUCAUGAAAGCAAAAGAGGUUACUGAUGAAGCUGUAAGUUCCUGUUUUGGAGCAUCCCUGGGUAUCCAAUACAAGUUGGUUCAAGGUCAAUUGAUGGGCUCAAGAUGUAAGAAAAGUGGAGAUGCAACCUAUGAAAAGGCCUUGAAAGACAUGGGUGUUAAGGACAUUAUAUCACGCGUGCGCGGUGGAACUGUGGCACCAAGCGGUGGCCUUUCCAACAGCUGGACAGCUGAGACGUAUCUUUCCUGGGGGAGGUCGUUAAAGGAUAAUCCUGCUGUUAUUGAUUUUGAGCUCCUGCCCAUCUUUGCCGUGUUACGUCAAAGCAACCUGGGCCACCAUGAACGUAAAUGGCAGAACAUGAGGCGGGCGCUGGAUGAGUACCUGGAAGAGCAUGACUCGUGCCGUUGUGGGCCCUGCAUCAACAAUGGUGAGCCCAUCCUCGAGGGUACCAACUGCCUGUGCCAGUGUCCCCAGGGUCGAUCUGUUCUUGCCUGUGAGAGAAUGGAGCAACAGGGAAGCCCUGCUGCUGGCCACUGGAGUUGCUGGAGUCCCUGGUCCCCCUGCCAGGCAGGCAUCAAGGAGAGGUCAAGAAGCUGCAACAACCCAGCCCCCCAGAAUGGAGGGCUCUUGUGUCAAGGAUCCAGAACCGAGAGACAGGAGUGCUGAGGGCCACAAGGAGGGCCUUUGCUUGACCUCUCAUCUGUCCAGAGUGCUGAAUGUGGCCACCUCUCUCCACUGUCCCCUACACUUAACUGGCAAUAAUAAUAAAUAUAAUAAACUCAACAAAUUUUA